GCAUCGCAUUUGUCACUUGCAAUCGUCUCGUUCAACUGUCGUUUGUUAUCAAGGAAUAUAGCCUACUAGGAAUCGAACUCAACUUAAUGGCAGGCCUUCCAGAUCGGACAACUUCUCUGUAAAAUAGAUUUAGUAAAUAUUUUUAUAUUCUAUUUAUAUUCUGUCUUUUUCGCGGCAUCAUGGCUGGUCUCCGACAAUUUAGACUUCUUUUUUGGAAGAACUGGAUAUUACAAAAAAGGAAACCUGUUGUGACGUUAUUUGAAAUCGGAUUGCCUGUUGUAUUCUCAGCCGUUCUACUUAUCCUAAGGGGUUAUGUAGAACCGAAAAACUAUACAGAGCCUGCUAUUUAUGGCGACUUUAGUGUUGGAAAUCUACCAUGGAAUCUUACUCCUCCUGUACACAGAAUCUUGCCGCCAUAUUACUGGGAUGUUUUCUAUUCUCCAAACAUAUCUGUCGUUGAUGAUGUCAUGGCGAAUUUUAAAAACAACCUCGAUAGAAGGGCAAUUAGAGUAGAUUCAACAACUGGAUUUAAUAACGAAGAGGAUUUGCUGGAAGCUGUUAGAAAUGAAAACACGUCGUACUCCAGUGUUCUCGGCGCCGUGGUAUUUAAUAACGACUUUCCAGAUCCAUAUAGUUUGCCUCUCAAUGUUAACUACAGCAUUCGUUUGAGUCCGAAUCCACGCAAUGUGCUCAUUGACUCAUUUUCUGAGAGUCAGCGAUGGUACACGGCGUUCCUGUAUCCUCUAUAUCAAUCACCAGGCCCCAGAGAAAAAAACGAAACAUACGGCGGUAGUCCAGGUUACCAAUCUGAAGGAUUUUUGCCUAUUCAGCACGCUAUCGACAAAGCUUUAAUUCAAUACCUUGGGUACUCACUUGAAAAUAUCACAACCAGGAUGCAGAGAUACCCCUAUCAGUCUUAUUUUGAUGACCCGUUUGUAAUCUUUAUUCAAACUAAUGUGCCCGAUCUCAUCAUGAUCAGCUUGGUAUUUGUCGCCCUCAACAUCGCAAAAAAUGUCGCAUACGAAAAAGAGAAGAGGCUUAAAGAGUCGAUGAAGAUGAUGGGGUUAAGUAACUGGGUACACUGGCUGGCGUGGUUCAUAAAGUACCUUAUUUACCUGACUAUCACAAUAUCAAUCAUGACACUGUUUUUUACGGUAACCGUGAAGAAAGUAAAUGCAGGCGUCUUGAAUAACACGGAUCCGUCGGUGUUUUUUGUGUUUCUUCUUCUAUACGCAAUUGCCACUAUCAACUUGUGUUUUCUCAUUAGCGUAUGUUUUUCAAAAGCAAACAGUGCAGCAGUAGCAGCUGGUUUACUUUGGUUCCUUACAUACCUACCUUUUUGGUUUGUUGUGAUUCGAUACCGCACACUGACAGCAGGUACUAAGGUGGGACUGUGCUUUCUUUCAAAUACAUGCAUGGCAAUGGGCGCUUUAGUCAUUGGCCUUUACGAAGGAACCGGUGAAGGAGCUCGAUGGUAUAAUAUUGGAGAACCAGUAACGGUUGAUGAUAAUUUUCCUUUGAGUUGGGUCAUGUACAUGCUGUUGCUAGAUGCCAUCAUCUACGGUCUUCUCACGUGGUAUAUUGAUGCUGUUUUUCCUGGGGAUUACGGGAUUCCCCAGCCUUGGUAUUUCCCCUUCACGAAAUCAUAUUGGUGUGGUAUGCCAACGACCGUGCAUGCUGGGGAGCACAACCACCCUCUUGAAGAAAAGAAAUACCAGAACGAAACAUUAUUCGAGGCGGACCCAAGGGGGCUGAAUCCGGGAAUUCAGUUCAGGAAUCUGAAGAAGGUGUUUGGCAAAAAGAUAGCAGUAAACGAAAUUUCACUAGAUAUGUACGAAGGGCAAAUAACAGUUCUUCUUGGGCACAAUGGUGCAGGAAAGACAACUACGAUGUCGAUGCUGGUUGGGCUGAUACAGCCGACAGGCGGGAGGGCAUACGUCAAUGGGUAUGAUAUCAGACGAGAAAUAGAAGGUGUACGCUCAAGCCUCGGCCUCUGUCCCCAACAUGAUGUGUUGUUUGAUGAACUAACGGUAGAAGAACAUCUGAAAUUUUUUGCAAAGUUAAAAGGACUGAAGGAUCCAAAAGAAGUGAAAAGUGAAGUAGAUCAUUACAUCGAGGCUACUGGUCUGUCGGAAAAACGGAACCAAUUGUCCAAGUCUCUCUCAGGUGGUAUGAAGAGGAAGCUGUCGGUCGGUAUAGCUCUAAUUGCAAACUCCAAGGUUGUGAUGUUAGAUGAGCCAACAUCAGGUAUGGACCCAGAUGCGAGACGAUUUACAUGGGAUUUGUUGCAACGUCAUAGGGAAGGACGCACCAUUCUACUGACGACUCACUUUAUGGACGAAGCUGACCUUCUGGGUGACCGUAUUGCUAUUAUGUCAACUGGAGAAUUUCAGUGCUGUGGCUCGUCACUAUUUCUCAAAAAGAACUACGGUGUUGGGUACCACAUGGUGAUUGUGAAGAAGUCUGAUUGUGAUGUACAUCGCUUGACAACCGUCAUUCAAAAACACGUUCCUGAUGCGGAGUUAGAAAGCAACGUUGGUUCCGAAAUUUCAUUCGUUCUGCCGAGUGAAUCAUCUGGAAAAUUCGAGGUACUUUUUGAAGAGUUAGAAAGUAACAAGUCAUCUUUUGGGAUUGCAAGUUACGGUGCGUCUGUCACAACCAUGGAAGAAGUUUUUCUUAAGGUUGGAGAAUCUACAGAUGAUACGUUAAAAGACAAACUGCAAAAUUUAGGUCCAGCUGUCAUAAAAUCGAAUGGUACAGCAAACCACAGCAUGUUAGCUAUGGACACGAAGGAGGACACGAAGAUAAAUGGACAUGUAGAUGAGAUUCUGGAGAGCAGUCUAAGUCAACAACCGGUGAAAACCUACGGAGCAAUGGUUGGAGAUGACGAAAUAAAUAAAUCCAACGACACACGUGUCGACGUAGCGGAAUCUACUGAAAACCUCUUCGAGAAUGUAUACGAUUCAAAGCAGCAGAAUACAGGAAUGACGUUAUAUGGUCAGCAAUUUUACGCCAUGUUUAUUAAGCACGUGUUGCACACAUACCGAAAUUGGAUUGUGGGAUUGAUUCAACUUUCAAUUCCUCUGAUUUUCGCUGCCUUGGCCAUAGUGAUCAUCAAAACAAUCCCUGGAAUCGAAGAUUCUCCUGCUUUAGAGAUAUCAAUAGAUAAGUACGAGUCUAAGGUUGUGACACAAGCAUCGAGCGGUAACUACUCAUCUAACUUACUGUCUAACAUGCUCACCAGUUGUUAUGGACACCAAUUCAAUGAUUCAGAAAGCAGUGAAUUUGUGAACAUCAACCAUCAAAACAAACCCCAAGAUAUGCGAUCAUAUCUUUUGGAUAUACAGGAAGGUCAGCAGCCGAUAUUUGACAGAAAUAAUCUGAUAGCUGCUGAAUUCUUGCCCGAGGACAAUGGCAACGUUCUGGCAAGAGCCUUUUUUAACAACCAACCACUACACGUCCCUCCACUGACUCUGAAUGCCAUCGAUAAUGCUUUCAUGAAAUGCAUGACAAAUGGAAGUUACCACAUCUCUACCAUGAACUUUCCACUUCCAAGGAAUCUAGAAAGACAGGCUGCAGACCAAUCUAACUCAUUUGGUACUGGCUACGCCGUUGCCUUUGCCAUCAGUUUUGGAAUGGCUUUUCUUUCCAGUAGUUUCGCAGUAUUCCUUAUCAAAGAAAGUUCUGUAAAAUCGAAACAUCUCCAGUUUGUCAGUGGUGUGCGGAUGUCAAACUUCUGGUUCUCCACCUAUCUUUGGGAUAUUAUUAAUUACAUGAUUCCCUGUAUUUGUAUUUGUAUCCUAUUUGUAGCAUGCAGUAUCGAAGCCUAUGCGAACGAUGGCCACAUAUGGGAAAUUCUUCUCUUACUCUACCUUCAUGGAUGGGCUGUCAUUCCAGUAACAUACCUUCUGUCAUUUCUAUUUGACGUUCCCGCAACAGGGUACGUUCGCAUUGUGAUUCUAAACUUCUUGCUUGGCCUACUCCCUUACUUUAUUCAAAACUUUCUAAGUUUUGACGCAUUUGAUUUUGGAAAUGCUGCAAGAAUAUGUGAUUGGAUCUUUAUGCUAUCUCCGCCUUACAAUCUAGCUAGAGGAUUUGACAUUUUCUACAACAACUACCAGACAGAGACAAUUUGUAGCUCGCUUGGUGAUAUUAGUGAACUAUUUUGUCAGAGUGAAGAUGUGGCUUAUCAGAAGAAUUAUAUUGCUUGGGGAGAAGGAGGUAUUGGCCGGUACUUGACGUUUUUAGCAUGGGAAGGGGUUGUUUAUCUUGGUCUCGUAUUUAUGCUCGACUCUAAAAUUCUUCGAAAACUCUGUUAUUCUCUUAAAUCAAAGCGAUCUGAACACAAGCAGAUAAUUAAGGACACAUCGGAAGUGAAGGAAGAUGAUGAUGUGGCUGCAGAGCGCCAACGAAUCUCUACGACAUUAAUGGAUAACCUUUUUCAGUCUGACGCCCUCAUCAUCAAAGAUCUCAGGAAAAUAUACACAUUGAGGGGCGCAAAGGGUUUGGUUGCUGUCAAUGACAUAAGCGUGGGGAUUCCCCUUGGAGAAUGCUUUGGACUUCUAGGUGUAAAUGGAGCAGGUAAGACCACAACAUUUAAGAUGCUGACAGGUGACACUCCAAUCUCGUCCGGUAACGCGUUCCUUGAUGGAUAUGAUAUCAAAUCGAAAAUCAAGCAGGUUCAGCAAAGAAUAGGAUACUGUCCCCAGUUUGACGCCCUUAUAGAUCAGAUGACAGGUCGUGAGACAUUAACCAUGUUUGGAAGACUUCGAGGAAUGCCGGAGAAAUUGAUUCCCGGAGAAGUUAAUAGGCUUCUCAAAGCUCUGACGAUUGAACCUCAUGCUGAUAAAAUGGCAGGAGCCUAUAGUGGAGGAAAUAAACGCAAACUAAGUACAGCAAUUUCACUGAUGGGUGAUCCACCAAUCGUAUUCCUUGACGAGCCAACAACUGGUAUGGACCCUGUUGCCAGGCGAAUGUUAUGGGACACCUUAUCACAUGUUAGAGAAAGUGGCAAAUGCAUCGUGUUAACAUCUCACAGGUAA